GUGUGUAUACAUAUAUGAGAAUUUAUGUGUAUACAUUGAAAUUGUUCCGUUGAUUGAAGAUCUCAUUGCUAAAUUUUAAUUUUUCAAUCACUCCAAUCUCAAUAGUAUUGUAUUGUUGUACAUCUGCUUUUCUCAUGUAAUUUAAAUGAAAAUCGAUCUAUAUUCGAAGCUGAUUGAGACACUAAGAACAGGAAAAUCAUCAAGUUGGUGGUAAAAUAAGUGAGGUUGGAAUAUGACAAGUGGAAAAGAUUGAUUUUGAUCUGCGUGAAGACAAAAGAAUCAUCGAUUGAGAAAGUAAUAAUUAGUGAUUUUAAUAUUUAUUAUUGUCUUGUGUAACAUACAUCAGUGGAAAUGAGUGGAGAGAUGAGUGAAAGUUGUCAAAAUUCAAAACACAGCCCCAGUGAUAAUUCAGAAUGUCAUAAAAAACAGAUUUUCCAACCCAUAAAGAUAAAAGAUUUGUUGGAUAUGUAUGAGAACGAGGAUGAUGAUUCUGACAAUAAUAAAAAUGACGAUUCAGAAGAGGACAAUGAGUUGGACGAGUGUCAGGCAGUUCCAAAUGAUAAACUGGAAAAAUGUCCCAAUCGACAACACCUGACAUCGAACGGAUCAAGACCAUUGUCAGACUUACCUGGAGAUACUUCUGAUUCAAAUUUGAGUUGGAAAAAGUAUGCAGUGGAAAAAAAUAUCAGGAGAGCUUCAACAUCUAAGGAGCUGGUGCAUUCAGAAAAUGACGAUGACGAGCAAAAGAAAAUGACCAAGAGAUCUUCAUGCAUCAAUGAAUUUACGUCUGAUUUCGUCAAAGCAAAGGCUGAUGGAUCGAGAGUUGGGAUUAUUCCUGGUCCGGAAAUACCACAAGUCCCGGUAGAAUCAAAUGCCUCAUCUAUCAAAGCAGUACAGUCCGUUAAUAGUAAAUCAACAUCACUGAGAUGUGAAAUGGCAGCUCCUGUGGUCUCAUGUGACAUCGUCAAACAGCACAAUAUAACAAGGCACGAAGGUAAAGACAUUACCCACUUAACGACUGAUAAACACAUUCAUGGAGUCAUUUCUUAUAAAUCAGAUGCUGGCAUUUUCCCCAGUGGAUAUUCACAACGAAUUAAUUCCACACACGCUGCGGAUCCGGGACUUAUCAAUGCUCCAGGAACUCCCUUGAAAUUAUAUUCUUCAGUUGGAAGUAAGAGGCCAGUACCAUCCUGUUCACGUAGAAAUAUGUUCCAAACACCGCAGGGAAAAACAAGUGAUUUUUCAACGAGUCGUGAACAAACACCAGCUUCAAUAUUUGCCACAUGGAAACAUGGAAGUGCAAUGCACACAGCCCUACAGACUAGGAUUGAAUCUGACAUUGAGACUCCUGGAAAAUCUGGAAUACCGAAUGAUGAUCCGCCCUGGAAGCUUAAAACUUGUGAAAAACGAGUGAGACGACCAUUGGAAGAAACAAUGUCAUCCGAACAACAACAGCAGUUACCACCACCACCACUACCUCCACCACCCUCACCACCACCACCACAAUCACGACAUAUGAAUGAAUAUCCAGCCAAUUUUUCGCACAGUGAUAAGAAUUUUGCGAAGCAGAAACUCUGCUUGGAAAAUAAAAUCCCGCCAUCAAGGAUUGUUGAAUGUUCAUCUAAAAAUUAUGAACUGAAAGAAAAUAUAGGUCCAGUGAUUCCCCCAGAAUUACCAAUAAAAAAGAAAACUGAUCAACAGCUCCAGCAGCAGCAGCAAUCGUCGCGAGAUUUUCAAGUGAACGAGAAGAAAAAUAAUUGUCCAGUAAUUAAACCAACUGCACCAUUGAAACAACAGCAUGAAAAUCAACAAUUUCAUCAAUCUAUUUCUAUUCCUACUGCACCGGCUGUAACAACAACACAUUAUGGGAAAAAAAUGGUCAUCAAAGGAAAAGAGUACAUAAUUCUUGGGACUUUGGGCCAGGGAAUGAGUGGAGAGGUUUACAGAGUUCAAGAUCUUUCCAAUUUCGAACUCAAAGCCAUCAAAUAUGUGAAUUUAGCGAGAAUGGAUCAGGAGAGUGCACAGAGUUGUUUGAAUGAAAUAAAAAUGCUGAACAAACUUCAAGCACCGAGUGUAGUAACAAUGUAUGACCAUGAAAUUAAAAAUCAAUCAAUUUACGUGGUAAUGGAAAUGGGUGAUACGGAUCUCAGCAGAUUUCUCAAAUCAUUAGCAGCUGAAAAACGAAGACUCCCACUGACAAUGAUACUUUAUUAUUGGACAGAAAUGCUCACUGCAGUUAAAUAUAUUCACGAUAAUGGAGUUAUUCAUUCGGACCUGAAGCCAGCAAAUUUUUUGCUCGUUCGAGGAAGACUUAAAUUGAUUGACUUUGGUAUAUCGUCAACUUUAAAUGCUGAAAUGACAUCCAUUGUUAAAAAUACAACGGUGGGAACUUUGAAUUACAUAAGCCCUGAAGCACUUAUGGAUGUUGGAGGUGCUGGGGACUCUCCUCAUCAGAAUACUAAACACAAAAUAAGUUACAAAUCGGAUGUUUGGUCUCUCGGAUGUAUAUUGUACAGUCUAGUGUAUGGAAAUACUCCAUUUCACAAUAUUCGUCAGCAAUGGGCUAAAAUUAAUGCCAUCACCAAUCCAAACCCUAAAAUUUCAUUCACGUUACCACCUCAUGUGGAAGCCGUUCCUGCUAUUCUAAUUGACGUCAUCAGAAAGUGCCUUCAACAUGAUCCCAAGGCUAGACCUUCGGUGGAUCAAUUAUUACAAGUUCAAUAUAUUUCCAUGGCAAAAAAUGCGGCUAUUAUGGUUCCACCAGAAAUCCCAACGAAUAUUCUUAUGAAAAUCAAGCAGAAUCUUGAGGAUUCUGAAUGGCGACAAUUUACUGAGAUAUUGGAGCAACGAAGAAUUCACUGAAGGAAUCGUUGAGAUAGAGAUCAUGCUGCCAGUGUAAACAAGUACUCGAAUAAAUUUUUAUAAUAUUUUUUAUAUGUAUAUAUAUACACACACCCGCGCUCACGCAUUUUUAUUGUCUCUCUGACAUAACACACGAUUAAUCAAUGGAUCAAACCGACGAAAUAUCCUUUAUGAAAAAUAAAUAACAGUUCAUUAGCUUUUAAAUUGAAGAAUGAUCUGCAAAAGCUUCAUUUGUUCACGAGAAAUAAAAAAUAAUUCAUCAGUGA